AACUAUACAGAAGUUUACAGUAAAUUUAUUCAAAAUAUUUCAAGUAGUCUCUAGUAUUGAAGAACAUUUGGUUGACAUAACAAAAGUUUAAAAGAGUUAGUAGGAUUCUAAAAUAGUCUCAGAAAUGUCCAUUAUAUUGAGCAAAUUGUGAAAUGUAGUAAGGCUUAUAUAUAUGUAGCUUUUGGAUAGAAGAUUUUUCAUGAAGAAGAAAUUCUAAUCUUCCUUGUUAUUUCAGAAAACAUCUUGAAGAUGGAGCUGAUUGAAAAUUAAUUCCAAUUAUACUUCAAGCAGUUCAAGGUUUUAGAUCAUGGCUGAUGAUGACGACGACCACUCCAGGCCGACGUCUCACAGCAGCUCUGGUAGACGGCGUUGGGAAAUGCACUCUAAGGAGUCUUUUGAGACAACCUUGGCCGUUGAAACCCCAUCUCCAGCUCCGAGAAACAUUAGGAAUGUACUUAGUGCAAAGAACUCAUCUAGUGAACUACCUCUAGCCGCUUAUGGUAAUAAAAUGGUAGGAGCGGCUGAUAACAAGUCACGUGUUAAGUCAGCCGCUCGCAAGAACAGCGCCCUGAGCCGUGAAACCAGCGCAGAAAUACGACACGCGCAGAAAAUGGCUGAAGGCAGACGAGCUCGUGGAGCUAGUGCUAAUAAUGACGCUAAGAUUUUCAAAGAGAAUAAAUCUACCAAACCGGGUAAAGUGCCAGCACCCACAACAAGGAGCUCUUCAAGGAAUUCUAAGCAUUUGUCAUCAGAAGAUGUCUCCAGUUCCGAUAUGGCACGGCCUGAUGAACUGUUAACCAAACCCCCCAAACAUGACAACAUCCUGGCUGAUGCUCUCGCGGCUAAACAUUUCUCUAUUCUGAGUGCUGCUAAUAUGACUAAACGUUCCCGCCCGUCCUCGCAAGAAACAGCCUACACUGAAGACAGCGUUUCGCGGGAAGAAGGCUACGAAACUGAUGAUCAUAAGUUCCGUAGAGUGAAGCACGUUACUAGCCAUGAAAAGGAAGAGGGUAAAACUCACGAGACGUACACUCAGGCUAGCGCUCCCCCUCUUGAAAAAAUACCUAACAAUAAGCACAGUAAUACUUCUCGGAAAAAUAGUAGUAGAGACAUUUUCUCUAAAACCCCGACGAAAUCUUCCUCGAGUUCUCCGUCCAGCAGCGAAACCAAGAAAAAACGACGAAAAUCUAGAAAAAGAGACAGUGUGAGACCUGUUCCUGAUUCGUACAUCAGUGAGCAGCUGCAGAAACUCAGGGAUGAUAUUGUCGAUUCCAGUUCUGAAAUCCGACACCAGGUGUGCGAUAACGGACAAUUUGGGGCAGAAAACCCCAGCCUAUUGCCGCUGCCGAGCUUAGUCCUUCCUAAUACACGCGCUGAAAAAGACUUGGGGGAUAAUCAAAAAUUUGAAUCAACUGUGCGUGCAAUUUACUGCGAAAAAGUUCGCGGGUUUGCCCUCGCCAAGGACUGGCAGAGGUAUGCUGCAGAAGCAGGUCUUACUGUGGAAAGCGGCCACUGUGAACGCUUACACCCAAAUUGGCCCUCAAGUCGCGCCAGCUUAGCAGCGAGGCUUCAGACCAGCUUCCGUACUUUCUCUGUUUUCUCGCAAGGUCUCCUAGCGGGAGUGAGCUUGGCGCACUGCGUCCUGGUAUUCCUAAUCGCUGAGUCAUGGCAGGACGUUACGUCGGCAUUACUACCUCGUCUCACGCACGUCUUUUAUUCGCUCAUCGUCUUCCUAACUCUCAUUUGCUUCGUAGCUUCGUGUGACCGAGGCGACCUGUGCAGCGGGUCCGGCAGCCUGAUUAAGCAGCACGGCGUUCAUGUGCCAUGGAGCGCCGCCCUGUACCUCACAUCGCUAAGUGUCACGCUGGCCACCACUCGGGCUUCAGCGCUGCUGGUUCACCGCCAUGCCCCACUGCCCGACGUUCACCAGGCGGGGGGUGUAGGCUGGUACGGCUGGAUGUGCCUCGCCCGCACCAUAGCCAACAUCCUGGCAUGGCUGGCCGUGGUGCCAGAUCCUCACUCCGACGCGCUCGCGGCCAAACUCAAUCAUUGCAUCGGAGGUCGCGACGCGCCAGAUCGCCACUCAUAGUUGCGCAUGUAAUAAAUUUUGCCGAAUUUAUUUCCAUGGAUUUAUAAAACUGUGCAUUCUAUCAUAUUCCUUUCGAAAUAAUCGCACAUACCUUGCCAAUAAAACUAGAGACUUGGAUCUAAUUAAAUUUAUGUUAUUUAUUAGGUAUUUUCCUGAACAUCCGCGAUGAGAAAAAUCAUAGCAAAUCUCUUUAUUUCGAAUUAUACCACCCUCGACUGAAUAUCUUGAAGCCAAAUCGUCUUGUUUCUAAAAAUUUUUUGUUCUCUUGGAAGCAUAUACGUAACUUCAUUUUCAGUACUCAGGACACUUCUGCGUAAGUCGCCUGUGUUAUUUUAAAAAUUUAUCCUCAUAUGCGCAAAAGCUUAUUUGACCUCUCUGUUGUUGAAUACUUCUAAGCCCUUUGUUAUUUGCUUCUGCUCUUUAUUUAUUCAGCGAUGUGUUUAUUCUGUCUUGUUUAUUUUUAUUACACUUGGCAA